CUCGAGCCAUUUCGACUCCACCUCGUCGGACCAACGCCUCCUCCUCCCUCUCCGGCGGCCACACGGCCGCGGCGCGCAGGGCAGAGCACCAUGGAAGCGACGAGCGCCGCCGUGUCCGCCGCAUCCUCGUCGAGUCCCGCGGCGCCUAGACGACCCAGCUGUCUCCUGGCGAGCCCCGCCGCGUGGCGCGGCGCCCGGACGCUGCCGCCGCGGGCCGUCGCCUCCUCCCGAGCGACGGUGCUCGUCUCGAACCCACCGCCGGCCCCCGCUCCUGCUGCGGCCGCGCACUCCAAGGUCGACCGCUCCGGGCGGUUCUGUAGCCCCCGCGCCGCCCGCGAGCUUGCCCUGAUGAUUUCCUACGCGGCGUGCCUGGAGGGCGCAGACGUGGUGCGGCUCUUCGACCGCAGGAUCAGCGCAAGAAGGGAGCGCGGCUUUGUUUUUGAUAAGGCGUCCUUGUUGAAUUACAACCAUAUGAGCUUUGGUGGGGGACCUCUUCAGGUUGGGACGGAGGAGGAGUCUGAGAAGCUCAUGAGUCAGAACGAGAAGGAUUCAGCAAACGAAGCAGAAGUUCUUUCAGCUCCUCCAAAGCUAGUAUACAACAACUUUGUGUUACGACUGGCUCGGGAAAUUUUAGUGGCUGUUGCCAGUGGAUGGGAUAAGCAUGUUGAUAUCAUCAACAAAAUAACUCCCCAGAAUUGGAAGGAUGAACCAGUGGCAAGAAUCCUUGAAUUGUGCAUUCUUCAUAUUGCCAUGGCAGAGAUGACAUCAAAAGGAACACCUCACAAAGUUGUCAUUAACGAGGCUGUGGAUUUGGCCAAACGGUUCUGUGAUGGAGGUGCUCCUCGGGUAAUCAAUGGAUGCCUUCGAACAUUUGUGAAGGAUCACAUGAACAUCGACACUAGUAAGCCAGCUCCAGCUGAGUCAAAAGCAUGAAGUUACAAAUAUGGAUCUUUCAUCAUGAAUACGAUCGAAAGAAUAGAAGCAUGGAGAAAACGUUGCUCUUUGUACGAUCUUCUUAGGUUCUUGAUUAUUUCAAGAUUGAAUGGUAAACUUGAAAGGGGGGAACAUGCUGACUUUUGGGGAGCGGGAAGUAUCUUCAAUAUUUAACAGGACACAAUAUGUGUUGAGCCAUAUGCUGACGAUGUUCUCUUCUGAAAGAACUGAAUGGCACUGCUUCUAACAACUUUUGCCCAUGCUGAUCCCCGUGGUUCAUGGGAUCAGAAAACCUGUAAAAUGUAGUGAUAUGUAAUUAUAUAAGGUUUUAAGGCUUGCUUCUCUCAGUUUCACAGUACCCUGCCUGAGCUGAGUAAUUUGUAAGUUGGGUAUUUGUAGCUGAUAUUACGGAAGAUAGAUUCGUUGCAAGAUUUGGAUAUGUCGAUACUGUGUAAUUCUAUAUGCACACGAUCUCUGUUCAAAUUAUAAAGUUACCUUCGAUAACAGUUGUUAAACAA